GACGGAUAUGAAUAGUGAUUUCUGGACUAAAGCCCGAGGCCCAAGCGCAGGCCCCAACAGCACGCAGGUCGCAGCAGCGAAAAAUCCCUCACGCCGACUUCCUGGCGCGUUCUGUUGUAGUUGUAGUUGUAGUUGUAGUUCUCCUUUCUUCAACAUUCAAAUUAAAAAGGAAAAUUGACCUUUCGAAAUAAAUGGCAUCAACCGAUCCUCAAGAAUCCGUUCAAGAACUCUCACCGCUCCCAAAGGUUCUAGUUCCCAAAAUACCACCGUCUUUCUGCAUCAUUGGGGAAGAGCCCUUUACCUCCACCAAAUUCCAGUACUUGAAAGCAUACGAGUCUCCGCUCCCUCUUGAUCAGUUCUUGGCCACUCAUGCGCACUCCGUAAAGGCAAUCCUUUCUACCGCAAGUGCUCCCGUCACUGCUGACCUCCUGCAGUUGCUGCCGGCGGUGCGCCUUGUCGUCACCACCAGCGCCGGCCUCAACCAGAUUGACCUCCCUGAAUGCCGGCGUCGUGGAAUAGCGGUCGCUAACGUAGCCACUGUCUAUUCUGCUGACGUCGCAGAUCUUGCUGUUGGUUUGUUGAUCGAUGUUUUGAGGAAGAUUUCGGCAAGCAAUCGCUACGUCAAGCAAGGGAAUUGGCCCACCAGAGGGGACUAUCCUCUUGGUUCUAAGUUGGGAGGAAAGCGGGUUGGAAUUGUUGGACUGGGAAAUAUUGGGUAUGAAGUUGCUAAAAGGCUUGAAGCCUUUGGUUGCUGUAUCUCUUAUAACUCCAGGAAGAAAAAGCCAUAUGUCUCGUACCCUUUCUAUGAAAAUGUCUGUGAACUUGCAGCCAAUUGCGAUGCCCUCAUCAUCUGUUGCGGGUUGACAGACCAAACCCGCCACCUGAUCAAUAAGGAAGUCUUAUCAGCACUGGGGAAGAAAGGAGUCAUUGUUAAUAUCGGACGUGGGCCUAUUAUUGAUGAAAAGGAAAUGGUAAGGUUUUUGAUGGAAGGAAAGAUUGCAGGCGCUGGCUUGGAUGUGUUUGAGAAUGAGCCUGAUGUUGCUAAGGAGUUUUUUGCAUUGGAUAACGUUGUGCUGUCGCCACAUUGUGCUGUCUUUACGCCAGAAUCAGUGAAGGAUUUAAGUGAACUUGUGGUGGGGAAUCUGGAAGCUUUCUUCUCAAACAAACCAUUACUUUCUGAAUAUGUGGAUGAAUGAUGGGUGAAACCUUUUAUUCACCGGUUAGUUUCUUUAUUAGUUUGUGAUUGGUGCCCUGUUAGUGAAGUAAGAAGUAACAAACUUUUGAGAAAGUUUCAUCUUGCUACCUCAUUAUUCUAGAGUUUUCGAUGAUUAGUUAUGGUGAUGAUGUUAUGUUUACUGGUCAUGUUUUAUAUAAUAGCAAGACAUAAUGCACAUAGUUUCUUCAAAAAUUGAUGCUUUCUUUUCCUAGGAGGAGAUUGUCAUUAAAUUUGUUUAAAUGGUUGUUGUGGAUUUAGCUAAAGAUCACACAGUUUCUUUUUCUAGGUAGUUUGAAGUGUAUGCUGAAUUAUUCAUUCUUUGUAGUUGCUAUGCACUUUUAUGCAGGCAGGAUAUAAGAGUGAUGUGAUCACUAAGUCAAUGAGGAGACAAAGAUCAAGAACUGUUGCAUUAUUAUCAUAGAUUGCCAGUUUAAAUGUGAAAGAAACAUGAAUUUAAAGGUGCAGACUCUACAGAAGUACCUGCUUAUCAGAAUCAAUUACUGUUCCCAAUUACAAUUUGAUAUUGGCAGUUGAUUGGAAAAUGCAUGUUUUUACAGAGAUACUUCAUGUGCUGGUAGCACAUAGUUAAAUUGGGUAUAAACUGUUGAGAAGUAUACAGGUGUGGGUUAAGCUUAAUUUGGCCAAUGCUUCAUAGCUCUUGCCUGUCUUUCAUCCUUACAGUUUCCCUAGUAUUAUGUUCUUGUUCUUCCAUGUCAAUUAAAUAAAAAUGAUUAUGUGA